GAGUGGAGGAAGCGUCCCUCCCGUUAACCUGACACCACCCGUCCCUCCUCCCUCCACACACGCCCCAGCCGGCCGUCCCUCUCUGCCCAUUCGACCUCACUCCACCUUCUCUCCAUUCAUUCAGACGGCUGGAGAGGAAACUGCUGCUGCCUCCGGGGACUUGGCGUUAUAAUUAUAUAGGAAGCAGAGCAGCCUGUUAGUCUGUUAGCGGACAGAGAGGCUGAGGGCUGCCUGCUGUAACCAGCUGCUGAUGCCAUGGAUGUGGACCGCUGUCUCUGAUACUUCUACGGAGGACGACAACAGACGGCAGCCAUGUCAGAGAAGAAGCCACGGGGAGCGGACACUCGACCGAAGUCCGGCCUCCGCAGCUGGAGCGCCGACAGCUACAUCUGGCGGGGGAAGAAGCGCUCCCGGAGCUCCCGGAACGGGUCGAGUCCCGGCGGGCCGGAGGCGGACGGUGCGGAGGAGCUGGGUGUGCGCUCCACCUCCUGCUCCCGGAGGCGCAGAGAGAGGAAGUGCAGCUGCAGCGCUCUCGGGGACGCGCUGGCGGCUGGAGACAUCGACGGCGUGUGCAGGAAGGCCCUGUCCCGGCGCUCGCUCCGGCAGAAGUUCCAGGACGCCGUGGGCCAGUGUUUCCCUCUGCGCUCCCACCACCACCACCACCACCACCAUUACCACCACCCGCCGGGCUCCUCGCGGCCCUUUUCGGUGCUCUUCUGGUCCAAAAGGAAGAUCCACGUUUCAGAACUCAUGCAGGACAAAUGUCCGUUCUCUCCCAAGUCUGAACUGGCCAGAUGUUGGCACCUCAUUAAAAAUCAGGUGGCUCAUCCAAGCUCCCUGAAAGACAUGGAGACUCCUCUCAAGCCCCCCAGCGUCUCAUCCUCCACCUCCCCGCCACACACUCCUCUCUCCUGGGAGGACAUCUGCUGCUCCCCCGGACCCGGGAGUGCCCCCCUGGAGGACUGGGACCCUUCCUGUCACCACGGGGGUGCGGACGGGACCUGCAGCGACACCGACUACAUCCUGGUCCCCGAUCUCCUGCAGAUCAACAACAACCCGUGCUACUGGGGCGUGUUGAACCGCUUCGAGGCCGAGGAGCUCCUGGAGGGCCAGCCCGAGGGGACCUUUCUGCUCCGGGACUCGGCCCAGGACGAGUUCCUCUUCUCGGUCAGCUUCCGUCGCUACAGCCGCUCCCUGCACGCACGCAUCGAGCAGAACGGCAAGCGUUUCAGCUUCGACGUGCGCGACCCCUGCAUGUACCGGGACCCCAGCGUGACGGGCCUGCUGAGGCACUACAGCGACCCGGCCACCUGCCUCUUCUUCGAGCCGCUGCUCUCCAGGCCGCUGCCGAGGACCUUCCCCUUCCCCCUGCAGCACCUGUGCAGGGCGGUGAUCUGCAGCUGCACCACCUACCGGGGCGUGGAGGGCCUGCCGCUGCCGCCUCAGCUCAGGGAGUACCUCAGACAGUACCACAUCCGCUGCGACGGGGCCUGUGCGGUGCCAACACCCGCAGCCGCCGAGACGCGGGAGCCGCACUGACACUUUCUGAGACGCGUCCAAGCCCCAAAGGAGAGAACCGGGAGGCAGGGGUCCUUUCUACGGGACAGUUUGGACGUCUUUGGUCACAAUUUUAAUCUGAAAAAGGGUCUAUGAUAAUUUGUUAUUGAGGAAGCUACUACUACAGCUGACUAAUAUAUUAAGUUAUCUUUGAUUUUGUAAUAAAGAAAACCACCAAAAUAGCCACUUUAACGGACUGUAGUGCAUUGUAAAAGUGUUCAUAGCACAAUGACUGUUCCACAUUCUGUCCCUUUAUAACCACAAACUUCACAACAUUUGAUUUGAAUUUAUCAACACAAAAUACAGUUUGAUCUUAAGAUUGGAAGAAUCACU